AUGUCUCCCUCUGCCAUCACACCGCAAUCUGACCAGACAGCACCUGCUGGUCAGGCCGCCAAUGCCCAAGUCGAGCAAAGUGUCCCAAAUCCCGUCUACCUUACGACUGAGCCGAAGGAGGACUUUGACUGGAAGAUAACCCUUAAGGGCAAAGUAGUCGCUAUUACCGGCGCGAACAGAGGCAUUGGACUUGGUCUCGCGACAGUAUGCCUCGCAAACGAAGCCGCUGAGAUCUACUCUUUGGACCUCUUCGAACCCGGCGAGGAGUUCCAGGCGCUGCAACAAGCAAACCCCAAGCGCGUACACUACCUGCACUGCGAUGUCACCUCUGAGGAGAGCGUCAUCAAAGCCAUUGACGAAAUUGUGGCACAAUCGGGCCGCAUCGACGGUAUGAUCGCCAACGCAGGAAUGACCAAGCACCAGCCCGCACUCAACUUCGACCGCCCGCAGCUCGAGCAGCUUUUCAACCUCAACGUCUUUGGCGCAUACUUCUGCGCAACGGCAGCCGCGAAGAAGUUCAUCGAGCUUGGUAUCAAGGGGUCCAUCGUCUUCACAGCGUCCAUGACGUCCUACCGGCCAAACAGGGCAGCGCCAUCAGCGCCAUACGGAGGAACCAAGGGCGCAGUCCGCAAUAUGGCACACACACUCGCGAUGGAAUGGGCGAAGCACGGCAUCCGAGUCAACUCGAUAUCUCCGGGUUUUGUGCGCACGCAGAUGACUUACUACGUUGAGCGGGCGCCCGACUGGAACUUGAAGAUGCAGUACUAUGGCGGCAUGCCUAGGUUGGCCGACCCCCGCGAACUUGGCGGCGCGUAUGUGUACCUGCUCUCAGACAGUGCCAGUUACACUACGGGUAUUGAUAUUCCUGUUGCGGGUAUUGUCGGCGCCUGGUAG